AUGGCUGGCCGGCAGCUGCUGCUGCUCCUGUUGCUGCCCCUGUUGCACGUCUCGGCGCGUCGAACUGUUGGCUAUCGCCUGCCGCCUGCGAUGGGACGCAGCUCGGACGCUGAUGUGGGCAGCGGUCGUGAUCUGUUUAAGAAAUUCAUGCUGUGGCGCAACUUGUUCCAACAGCCACAACAACCGCCGCAGGACAACAUCAUUGUCAUCUCACCGCCCACCAACUACUUUCCAACGACGACGACGACAACAACAACCACAACGAACACCACCAGGGGACUGGGGACCAGGGGCAGGUGGCGGAGCAUUGAGGAGCAACCGGUGCCCACAAUGCCGACGAGUCUAAUGCUCAGCGAUGGCGUUGAUGGAGGCGUACAGCGACAACGACGACGACGUCAGCGGCCGAGAAACAGAAAUCGCAACAGAAACCGCAAUGCGGGGGGCAACAUUCAAGUGCGGGGAGCGGGAGGGCAGCAGCCGGGGAAGAAAAAGAAGACGCGACAUCGACACGUGAACAAGCGACAGCAGCGUGAAAUGUGGCAGCAACAGCAACAACAACUAUUUGAACUAGCCGAAGAAGAAGAACCAAUUGCGAGAAUCGAAGCUGAAGCUGAAGAAGAAGCUGAAGCGGAGGCCGAAGCCAUGGCUGAAGCUUUAGCUUUAGCUGAGACUGAAGCGGAGGCUGCUGCGACGCUGCUCGAACAGCAGAGCGUGUUGGACAUGCGGCAUGAACGGUCGAUGCCAAAUAUCUGGCGACGACGCCACUCGAGAUACUAA